GCCCCGCCCCGCCUACCCGUGCCCCCUGCAGGGGGCGGCGCCCGGCCGGCCGGCAGCGGCGCAUCCCCGCUCUCGCCCGGGGACACCUUUCCGCGUGCGGCCGCCUUCCGCUCCCGCCCCCCGCGCCGGAAGUGACUUUGGCGGCGCGGGGCGGCGGUCGUUCCCUGGGCUGUGUCGUCACCGCGCGCCGCUGGGCGACUCGCCGGGGGGCCGGGCCGGAGCGGGACGCGACGCGACGCGACCGGCCGCGGCGCAGCGCAGCGCAGCGCCGACCAUGGCGGCGGCGCCGCAGAAGGAGAUCGUGUACAACAAGCUGCUGCCGUACGCGGGCUGCCUGGAGGCCGAGGCGACGCGCUUCCUCGCUCAGAUCAAAGGGAACCUGGCGCGGGCCGUGCAGCUGCAGGAGCUGUGGCCCGGGGGGCUCUUCUGGACCCGGAAACUGUCCACAUAUAUCCGAUUAUAUGGGAGAAAAUUUAGCAAAGAAGAUCAUGUGCUUUUUAUUAAGCUGUUGUAUGAGUUGGUAACGAUUCCAAAACUGGAGAUCAGCAUGAUGCAAGGAUUUGCACGCCUGUUGAUAAACCUGUUAAAGAAAAAAGAACUGCUUUCCAGGGAUGAUUUAGAGUUACCGUGGCGACCACUCUAUGACAUGUUGGAAAGGAUAUUGUACUCCAAAACAGAGCAUCUUGGAUUAAAUUGGUUUCCUAAUUCUGUAGAAAGUGUUUUAAAAACACUUGUGAAGAGCUGCCGACCAUAUUUUCCAGAAGAUGCCACUGAAGAGAUGUUAGAUGAGUGGCGGCCUUUAAUGUGUCCAUUUGAUGUUACCAUGCAAAAGGCUAUUACCUACUUUGAGUUAUUUCUACCUACUACCCUUCCUCCAAAUCUUCACCAUAAAGGUUUCAAGCUUUGGUUUGAUGAAUUUAUAGGCCUGUGGGUGUCGGUUCAAAAUCUUCCCCAAUGGGAAGGGCAUCUAGUAAACCUUUUUGCCCGCUUGGCUACUGACAACAUUGGGUACAUAGAUUGGGAUCCGUAUGUACCAAAGAUUUUUACCAGAAUUUUGAGGAGUUUAAAUCUUCCAGUGGGUAGCAACCAAGUUGUUGUCCCAAGAUUCUUAACGAAUGCUUAUGAUGUAGGACACGCAGUAAUGUGGAUCACAGCCAUGAUGGGUGGACCAAGUAAACUAGUGCAGAAGCACUUGUGUGGAUUGUUCAAUAGCAUUGCCUCUUUUUAUCAUCCUUCCAAUAAUGGGCGCUGGCUGAACAAACUGAUGAAACUACUUCAAAGGUUACCCAGUAGUGUUGUCAGAAGGCUGCAUCGUGAGCGCUACAAGAAAACGACCUGGUUAACUCCUGUGCCUGAUAGUCAUAAACUCACUGAUCAGCAUGUCACUGACUUUGUAGCAUGCAUUAUUCAACCUGUUCUUCUGGCUAUGUUUAGUAAAACUGGAAGCCUGGAGGCUGCUCAAGCCCUGCAGAACCUUGCACUGAUGCGUCCUGAGUUAGUAAUUCCACCUGUACUUGAGAAAACAUAUCCUGCACUUGAGACAUUGACUGAACCUCAUCAGCUCACAGCUACUCUAAGCUGUGUAAUUGGAGUAGCUCGAAGCCUGGUGUCUGGGGGGAAGUGGUUUCCUGAAGGUCCGACACACAUGCUACCUCUGCUGAUGAGAGCAUUGCCUGGGGUGGAUCCAAAUGACUUCAGUAAAUGCAUGAUUACAUUCCAGUUUAUUGCAACGUUUUCUACUUUGGUGCCUUUAGUAGAUUGUUCAUCUGUAUUGCAAGAAAGAGAUGAUCUCUCAGAGGUGGAAAGAGAACUGUGUUCUGCAACUGCUGAAUUUGAGGAUUUCGUACUACAGUUUAUGGAUAGAUGUUUUGGACUUAUAGAAAGCAGCACGCUAGAACAAACCAGAGAGGAGACUGAAACUGAGAAAAUGACUCAUCUGGAGAGUCUAGUGGAAUUAGGUCUGUCUUCUACUUUCAGUACAAUUCUUACUCAAUGUUCAAAAGAUAUAUUUCAGGUGGCCUUGGAGAAGGUUUUUAACUUUGCUGUUUCAAAUAUAUUUGAGACAAGAGUUGCUGGUCGGAUGGUUGCUGAUAUGUGCCGAGCUGCAGUAAAAUGUCGCCCUGAAGAAUCCUUGAAGCUCUUUGUACCCCAUUGCUGCAGUGUUAUAACUCACCUUACUGUCAAUGAUGAUGUCUUGCGUGAUGAGGAACUAGAUAAGGAGCUACUUUGGAAUCUUCAGCUUUUGUCAGAGAUCACUCGAGUGGAUGGAAAGAAGUUGCUACCGUACAGGGAGCAGCUUGGGAAGAUUCUGCAGCGAACCCUACAUUUAACCUGUAAGCAGGGUUACAUUCUGUCUUGUAACCUACUGCACCAUCUUCUUCGUUCUGCUACACUUAUCUACCCCACAGAAUACUGCAGUGUACCAGGUGGCUUUGACAAGCCUCUUUCUGAAUACUUUCCUAUCAAGGACUGGGGUAAACCAGGUGACCUGUGGAACUUGGAUAUCCAGUGGCAUGUUCCUUCAUCUGAGGAAAUAAAUUUUGCUUUUUAUUUGCUGGAUACUUUUCUUCAGCCUGAACUGACCAGAUUAGAGCACUAUGCAACUGGAAAACUAGAAAUGUCCAGAGAUGAUGUGCAGCAGUGCCUCGCAAUAGUACAUAACUGCUUGAUUGGCUCGGGGAAUGUUCUGCCUCCCCUAAAAGGAGAAAGGAUAGCUCAUCUGGUCCCAAGUCUGGUGUCUUUGGAAGAGACAAAACUGUAUACUGGUGUUGAAUAUGAUUUAUCAAGAGAGAAUUAUCGAGAGACAAUUGCAAGGAUUACAAGGAAACUGUUGCGCUAUAUACUUGAUAAUUCAGAAGAUGAUACCAAGUCUUUAUUUCUAAUAAUAAAGAUCAUCAGUGACGUUUUACAGUUUCAAGGAUCUCACAAACAUGAGUUUGACUCACGAUGGAAAAGCUUUAACUUAGUGAAAAAAUCAAUGGAGAACAGGCUUCAAGGAAAGAAGCAGCAUAUCAGAGCCUUGCUGAUAGACAGAGUUAUGUUGCAGCAUGAGCUGAGAACACUAACAAUGGAAGGCUGUGAAUAUAAGACCUCCCACCAGGAGAUGAUCAGAGAUCUUCUCUGUUUGUCCACAAGUUCGUAUGGUCAGGUCAGAAGUAAAGCUCAGCAAGCAUUCUUCACAGCUCUAGGAACAUACAAUUUCUGUUGCAGAGAUAUCAUUCCCUUGGUUUUGGAGUUCUUGCAUCCGGACCGGCAAGAUGUCACACAACAGCAAUUUAAAGGUGCCUUAUAUUGUCUUCUUGGAAAUCACAGUGGAGUAUGUUUGGCAAAUCUUCAUGAUUGGGACUGCAUUGCACAAACGUGGCCAGCAAUUGUUUCUUCUGGGCUUAGCAAAGCCAUGUCCCUUGAAAAACCAUCAAUAGUUAGACUCUUUGAUGACCUAGCAGAAAAAAUCCAUAGGCAGUAUGAAACGAUUGGAUUGGAUUUUGCAGUUCCAGAGAAAUGUGUUGAGGUAGCUGUUAUGCUACAAAAAUCAGAACAUCCAAGUUCAAAUUUGAUGAUGCUUUGUUCAGAAGAAAUUCAAUUAGGAAUUCAGCGACAGAAAGAAAAGAACACUGAAGCUCUGCAACACUAUGAAAAUUUGGUCAACAGGCUUUUGGACUGUGUGGAACAAAGAAAUCUUCCUUGGAAGUUCGAGCACAUAAGUAUUGGCUUUCUGUCUCUGCUUCUGAGGGAUGAUAGGGUACUGCCUGUCCGUGCCAUAAGAUUUUUCAUGCAGUGUCUCAACCAUGAUGCAAUUGUAGUUCGUAAGGUGGCCAUCUCUGCAGUGGCUGGUAUCCUCAAGCAGCUUAAGAGAACACACAAGAAAGUGCCCAUCUGCCCUUAUGAAAUUAGUGGAAACCCUAAGCCUUCCAGAAUUCAGGCUGGUGACAGACUGGAUAACCAGUGGCUGCACUAUGACAGUCAGAGUUUACCAAAGACUAAGGAAGCUUGGGAGUCAUGUUGUUUUGUGGAGAAAACGCACUGGGGAUAUUAUACGUGGCCUCAAACUAUGACAGUUUACGCUCCAGUUGAGCAGCAACCAAAGCUUGGACGGAGGAGAGAUGAGUUGAUAGAGGCAGAACAAAUUGUGUACGAUCACUUCUCUGAUCCCAAGUUUGUUGAGCAGUUAAUAAAGUUUCUGUCUUUAGAAGACAGAAAAGGAAAAGACAAAUUUAAUCCUCGCAGAUUUUGCCUCUUCAAGGGCCUUUUCAGAAACUUCGACGAUGCCUUCUUGCCGGUUCUUCAGCCCCAUUUGGAACGACUUGUAUCAGACUCCCAUGAAAGUACCCAGCGAUGCGUAGCUGAAAUUAUAGCUGGGUUAAUAAGAGGCUCUAAACACUGGACAUUUGAGAAGGUGGAAAAACUUUGGAUGCUUCUUUGCCCAUUGCUUCGAACAGCUUUAUCAAACAUUACAGUGGAAACGUAUAAUGAUUGGGGCACAUGCAUAGCAACCUCCUGUGAGAGCAGAGAUCCCCGAAAACUGCAUUGGUUAUUUGAACUGCUGUUGGAAUCUCCAUUGAGUGGUGAAGGAGGAUCAUUUGUAGAUGCAUGCCGACUUUAUGUACUGCAAGGUGGCCUUGCACAACAAGAAUGGAGAGUACCAGAACUGUUGCACAGACUGCUGAAGUAUUUGGAACCUAAACUCACACAGGUUUACAAAAACGUCAGAGAGAGAAUAGGAAGUGUUUUGACCUACAUAUUCAUGAUAGAUGUUUCCUUGCCAAAUACUGCUGCAACUAAGUCUCCUCGUGUCCAUGAAUUCACUACCCGGAUACUUGAAAAUCUUAAACCCCUCAUGGAAGCAGAUGAAGAAAUUCAGAAUCAUGUUAUGGAAGAAAAUGGAAUUGGUGAUCAAGAUGAGCGAACUCAGGGCAUCAAGCUCCUGAAAACUAUUCUGAAGUGGUUGAUGGCAAGUGCAGGACGGUCUUUUUCUACAGCUGUCACAGAGCAACUUGAACUUUUACCAUUAUUUUUCAAGAUUGCUCCAGUGGAAAAUGACAAUAGCUAUGAUGAGCUCAAAAGAGAUGCUAAGAUGUGUCUGUCAUUAAUGUCUCAGGGUUUGCUGUAUCCUCAGCAAGUGCCUUUGGUACUUCAGGUGCUAAAACAAACGGCAAGAAGCAAUUCUUGGCAUGCCAGAUAUACCAUAUUAACCUACCUCCAGACCAUGGUAUUCUACAAUCUCUUUAUUUUUCUCAACAAUGAAGAAGCAGUCAAUGACAUUAGAUGGCUGAUUAUAAAACUCCUGGAAGAUGAACAGCUUGAGGUGAGAGAAAUGGCCGCUACCACACUAAGUGGUUUGCUACAGUGCAACUUUCUCACUAUGGAUGGUCCUAUGCAGACCCAUUUUGAACAGCUGUGCAAAAUGAGGCUACCAAAAAAGAGAAAGCGAGACCUGGGUUCAGCGGUGGAUACAAUUCCUUCUGGUGACUUGGUUAAACGCCAUGCUGGGGUGCUAGGACUUAGUGCAUGUAUUUUGUCAAGUCCUUAUGAUGUACCUACCUGGAUGCCACAGCUCUUGAUGGAUCUCAGUGCUCAUCUUAAUGAUCCUCAGCCUAUUGAGAUGACUGUGAAAAAAACACUGUCAAAUUUCCGGAGGACACACCAUGACAACUGGCAGGAGCAUAAACAGCAGUUCACUGAUGACCAGCUGCUAGUCCUUACAGACCUCUUGGUAUCACCAUGCUAUUAUGCAUAGAUAGGUUACUCCUGGGAAAAUGAGGAUGUAGAAGACUUGCUACAAAAUAAAGGAAAUUCAAAAGAAAUUUAUUACAUAGAAAACUUUGCAUUGGACAUCCUGAUGCCUCAUCAAAACCACUUUUAAAUACAAACAUAAAGGCCUGGUUCUAUUCCUAAGGAAUUUUGCCUCCCCAGGGAGCCCCUCAGUGUCCCUAUAGCAUUCAGAGAGCCUGAUCGUGAUUUUAUUGCCAAGACCCUUGUCAUUGGCUGGCAUCGCACAUCUGUCCUUGUUACUGCUUUCUUGCACAGAGACUCACACUGCACAUUUCUUAUCCGCUUUUUCUUACCCUUCCUCCUAGCUGUUUCCAACAUCAAGGAUAUGCAGAACCAGAGAGCACUGUAAGCCAGAAUAUUCUCAGUGAAGCUCUUCAGUUUUGCUGAUGCAACUCUUAUCUGGUCAGCUUACAAGACCAAGAACCUAUCUUUGUCAAAGGAUUUAUUUUUCACUACUUGGGUUUGAGUACCCACCAGAUGGUGGGCCCUGUAUCAUUUAAUCCACCUCCGGGCAGGAUUGCCUUUUUGUAUCUUCUUUGCGGAAAUGUAAAUAGCUCAUCUUCUCUGUGCAGUAUAGAUGAUGGCAGGACAAAAAAUGGGGAGUGCAAGCUCCCACUGCCUGGCCAGGUCAUCAUAGAUAGCUUGACCAAGUGUGGGAAAAAAUCCAUGAUUAUCUGCAUAUUUCUAAGGGUGAAAGACUAUGGGUGUUUCUUCAUAGUUAAAGCCCAUAGCUAUGAAAUUGUGGACUAUCAAGUGAUGGUUGAAUUCACAGAAUGAAGUGUAUGCACAGUGUGUAAAGGCACUGAAUAGCUGACUUUUUAACAGCAUAUUCUCAUAAAGAUUGUCAGUAUUUGAGCAAGCACACCUUGCUCAAAGAUUGUGGAAGCUCUGUAUUUUUUUUUUUUUUUUUUUUUUUUUGCCUGCAGCUUUGUUCAGAGACUGGUAUCUAUUGGCUAAUUUAACAUGUUUAAUAUGUGUUACAUAGUUGUAAAAGACUGUAUAAAUUGUAGAGGCAUUGCAUUGACAAAACAUUGUACAGUUUGCAACCUUUUACAUAACACCAUUGUGAGAUUAAUUUGUAAAGAUUCAUACUUAGAUGUUAAUACUGUAGUAGUUCUGGCUUUUGUAUCAAAUCAAAUGCCAUUAUUAGUUUUCUAAAUUAUUUUUCUUUAACACAAUAUUGCUUCAUGUCUAAAAGGCAGAGGUUUUGUUUUGGUUUUCUUGUAUCUCAUUAUUACUAUGUCUCAUUCAGAUGUUAAUGCAACAUUUGUGGCCAUCUCUAAAUGCUGACAUCACAUAUUCUGAUGUGAUAAAUUCAUAGAAUGUGAGGUACUUUGAAAUAAUUCAUAAACUGGUGUUUCAACUUUCAUGCAACCCUACAGGAGCACUGAUACAUUGAGUGAUCUACCUGCUGAGUAUGUGACUCAAUCCAAACUUAAAAGCACAGCAGUGUUCCUGGUGCAGUAUUUAAAGAGUGUCAGCACACAGAUGUAACCACUGUAUAGUGUAGUGCCAAAAUUAUUUCAAUUGUGUACCUAGUUUAAAAUGCAAUAAAUGGAUUGUUUGUAA